AAUACAUUUAAGGUUGCAAGGGUGAAAACCAUGUAUGUCCUUUUCUUUAAUUUGUUUACUUAUAAUCCCCGACCAAACUAACUUGGUUUGAUAUUAAUUAUAAUAAUCAAAUCAAAGGACCAAAGCUAGCUUCUGGUUCUGGCAUUGAUAGAUGGUAAUCCUCCGCAAUAAUGCAAAGGAGCAAUGGAAGUACUACAUCGUCUGCAUGCGCCUCAUGCAAGCACCAACGUAAGAAGUGCACGGAGAAGUGCGUGCUGGCGCCGUUCUUCCCGGCCGAGAAGAGCCGGGAGUUCCAGGCGGUGCACAAGGUGUUCGGGGUGAGCAACGUGACGAAGAUGGUGAGGAAUUUGAAGGAGGAGGAGCGGGGGCGGGCGGUGGAGUCGCUCGUGUGGGAGGCGAUUUGCCGGCAAAACGACCCGGUGUUGGGGCCGUUGGGAGAGUACCGAAGGGUGUACGAGGAGCUGAAGCUGUACAAGAAUCAAUACGAGCCCACGGGAGGCAUGGUGAUUGGGUGGAACAACGCCGCCGCCGCCGCCAAUAAUAACGACGGCAACAACAACAACGUUGUACACAAUAACAACGAUAAUAACAACAAUAAUUCCUUGAAUUAUAUUCAUAGCAAUGGAAAUAAUAAUUCAGUGGUGGGAUAUAAUAACUAUCCAAUAAAUCAUCCCCAAAAUUUUGAAAAAUUGAGAAGAGAAAGUGACAACGGUUCAACGGUUAUUCUACCUGCACGCCAACAUCCUAUCAAUGGUUUCAAUCAGCAGUAUUUUAUUGCAGCAGGGCAGUAUAAUCCAGCUGAUACCAAAUCAAUGGAAAGCAGCCUGUGGGAUGGAGUCUCGUAGGAUUGUGAAACUUUUGCUGGAAAAGAUUAUUAGUUUUUAUAUAUUCCCCAUUUGAUUAUUGCUAAGUUUUAAUUAUUUAUUAUCUAAACUUUCCAUUAUAUUUGUACAAAUUUUUGUCCAUUAUGUUCUAACGCGCUUCUACUUGAAAAGUUAAAGUUAAUUUAAUUAUUAUACCUCUUUUA